ACAAAUAUGGCKGACAAGUGCUCUCACAAACCACGCUGASUUGCUGUCCGUUUUAGUCAUGGAAGGAGUGUAAAGCUCUUGCCAUUUUAAACUCCAUUUAUUCAAGAUGGAUUCUAGAUUACGAUGASAAGUUUGGAUUGGAUAUCUUUGGUAAAAUUCGUGGCGUUUAUGGCUGCGGUUGUGAAGGUAGUUGGAUCGAAUAGUUCGAGAACAGCUGAUGAGGUUCACAUUGAUGGAMGUAACGAAAAGGAGCUAACAAAACCCUUAGAUUCUUGCUCCCUUAUAAUCGUGAGUACGUUGGACGGCAAGCUCUCUGCACUUGAUACCCGACAGAGUGGGCAAAUUCGUUGGAGUUUACCGGCUUUCUCUGGUCCUCUGCUAUCRUCUAGCUUAAGCUCUUUACAGGGUGGAAAACAAGUUAGGAUAGUUCCAUCUCUAGAUGGAGGACUUUAUCAAAUCAAUGGUGAAAAAAUUGAGCCAAUUCCUUACACAGCGGACAAUCUUCUUGGAUCAUUCUUUAAGCUCCAAGAUGGGUCAAUGUUGGUUGGGGGAAARGAGGCUAUCUCUUGUGGGAUUGACCCUAAAUCAGGAAAGGUGAGAUACCUAUGUUCAGCGGAUGGGUGUAAACUCACAGAUGAAGAUAAAGAAGGUAACGUACAAGACAGUGAAGUGUUUGUCGUCAAGAGGACACAGCAGACUAUUAGAGCAGUUGACCAAAGAACAGGAGGAGAAAGGUGGAAUUUUUCUGUUGGACAACAAGAUGUUGUGUUCUUAGAUGCACCUUCAAAUAAUGGAGGAAGCAAAUGCCCAAUUGAAGACAUUGAUGAAUCUGUUGAAUGGAAACUAAGAGUUUCUGUUCCYGAUGGACUGAUUGCAGCWGUGAACCUCAAGGACAUGCCUGGCAGUAACAAUGAUAUUGUGUUAUGGAGUCACAAGUUUGAGUCACCAAUUGCAGCAGUUUGGAUGCUUCAUGGCAGUUUUUUGAAGUCAGUGGAUUUGUUUAGUGAUGAUGUAAUACCAGGAUUGAGAGAUGGUAUUCCUAAUGAUGAUGCUCAUAAUAGACCUCUAAUGUACCUUGGUUCUCAUAAUGGGCAAGUCUACAUUCAGCAUUCCAAGUUCCCUAACCCAUACUUAGAUGCCCCAAUCACAGUACAACCUAAAGAUGGUACAGAGGUUAGCAGGCGACAAAGRGCUAUUGCAUGGCAACCAAAGCUUGCAACAUCAGCAUCUCGUACUCCCACUGUGGUCUCUAAAGAAAUUGCAGUGUGGAAUCCUGUUGAAUACCCAUUUGAUAAUGGAUACUACUUCUUUGGAGAUGUUAAACCUGUUGUCCCWCCUCACGAAAACAGGAUUGAAGAUCUUGGAAACAAUACAAGAAACAAGACUAAUGACGAUAAGACUGUGAUUGACAGGACAUUGCCGUCACUGGAAUACUGGAAAGGAGCUGUAUUUGUUGUAGUGCUAUUGGUUGCUGUAGCUCAAUAUGUUUUCAGGUUUCUACUUCCUAAAAAGACAAGUACACCAGCAUUGCAAAGCCUUCCAUCGAGUACAGCUACAAUUUCUGCACACUCAUCACAGACUGACUUUCAACGYGAACAUUCCAUUGUAUCAACCUCUUCUUCAGCAUCAUUGUCAAACUACUUUGUGUCAAGAUAUUUGACAGAUUUUGAGCACGAACUUUGCCUUGGUAAGGGGGGCUUUGGUGUUGUCUUCCAAGCAAAGAAUAAAGUUGAUGACUGUCAAUAUGCAAUCAAGAGAAUACGACUACCAAAUUGUGAUGAAGCAAGAGAGAAAGUCAUGCGAGAAGUCAAAGCACUAGCCAAACUUGAACACCCCUCCAUUGUCCGUUACUACAAUUCAUGGUUUGAAGCACCACCAGUAGGCUGGGUGGAAGACAAUGAAAAAGUCUUCCUUGAAGAYAGAACURCUAGUAAUAUUAUUGAACUAGAUUCUGGAAUGAGUAUAAGCAAUAUCAGUAAUAAAGAACCAYUUUCACACAACAGCGACAUGAUAAUCAGAAGAAGAAAAACUACAAGUUCAAGCACAAAAUCCAAGCAUUCAGAAAACUUUGACGAUGAUGGAGUGAAUCAACGUCAUCCUACAUUAACACCGACAGAUGGAGACCUGAGUGUUUCGUUUGAUAUCAAUAAUCUAGAAAAUGAGGCUUUCCUUCCUGAUGACGACACUAGUGGCUCAUUUGGAGUUGAAUUUGCUGACUCAAGUAAAAGUCAAAAUAUCCAGUCAUUGGAUUUAGAUAAUCUGGAUUUGAGCGAGUCAGAUGGUGGAAUUGUAUUCUCUAAUAAUCAUGAGUUACCAGAAGAUGGCAGUAGUAGUAAAGGGUCGAAAUCAUCCAAUGAAAUGUGUGCGUCAUUUACUACGUCUGGACAGUCUUUACUAUCGGGCAAACAUCACAAGUGUAAGAGCGACAAGUGUACCCAGGAUACCCUGCAGGCACCAUUGUACCUGUUCAUUCAAAUGCAACUGUGCCGUCGGGAAAGUCUGAAGGACUGGCUCAAGAGUAAUACUCAAAGAAACCAUUUGUUUUGUUUAGAUAUUUUUGAGCAGAUCGUUCAUGCAGUUGAAUAUUUCCACGGACGAGGAAUGAUGCACAGAGAUUUAAAGCCAUCCAAUAUCUUUUUCUCACUGGAUGGAAGUGUGAAAGUAGGUGAUUUUGGUUUAGUAACGGCAAGUGUACAGGAACCAUCAGACGAUGCAAMUAAAGGAAAGAAUGGUUUUAUUGAUGCCAACCACACAGGUCAAGUAGGAACCCAUCUGUACAUGAGUCCAGAGCAAUUAGCAGGCAAAGCGUACUCCUACAAAGUUGAUGUCUACUCAUUGGGGCUGAUUUUCUUUGAAUUGUUYCAUUCUUUCACCACAGAAAUGGAGAGAAUUAAGAUCAUGAGUGAAGUAAGGAAGAAGAAUAUUCCACGCGAGUUCAUUCAAAGCAUGAACCUUCAGGUAAUUUAUCUACAUGUAUCUUUCUUUGUCAAAAUGAUACAUAAUCAUCAUCGAUGGCCACACAAAAAGGAAAAAAAAAAUUCUCCCAAGGGAUUGGAUGAAUCUAGUCGUGAACUGAGUUGAAUGGCGUUUAAAUCGUUUUAAUGACUUUUUUAAGACAUGCGUCAAUUUUAUCUUUCGAUUUGAUUAACGACAAUAGGUUUGAACUGUUUUCUUGCAGUUAAAUUGAGUUGGUGCAGUUUUUCUAUCGAUUUGAUUUACUCGUCCGAUUCAUCUUGAAUCAAAGUUACUGACAUAAGUUAUGUUGACUGCCCUAUAGUCUUAAAAUGUUCCAAACUGUCAUGUGAAUAGUGUAAAUAAUUAUAAACAGUAGAAAACGUGUGAGAAAAGUGUGAACACUGUCCUAAAACAAUGCUUUAGAGUGAAGGCAUGGAGCUCAUGAGUAAGCAGUAGAUCAAGCAACUGCAACAAGCAGUCUGAUAAAUAUUCACGGGUAAGGUGCACCUACUCUAGUUUGAGUUGGAUACACCCUUAAGAAAGAAAAAUGGCGGUGUCUAUUUAAGAAAAAUACAAAAAAAUACAUGAUUACUUUGUCUCAGGGGCAUACUACAACAAAACAAAAUAUGUAAGGAGUCAAACGACUUACAAUGUGUUUUCCAACAAAAAACA